AUGACGACGCACGUGGCGACUGACACGCUGAGCGUGAAGCAGCCGACGUGGUAUCCUCCGCGUCCGAUCGAUGGCUUGACAGAGUACUGGACGACGCACUACCCACUGCGGCUGUACAAUAGCAUGACGCGCACAAAGACUGCGUUCGUGCCGAUGCGAGGCAAGCGCGUGCUCUGGUACAUGUGCGGCCCCACGGUGUACGAUCAGACGCACUUGGGCCACGGUCGCACGUACACGUGUUUCGACUACGUGCGUCGCAUUCUCGAGGAGUACUUUGGCUUGGAAGUCGAGCUCGUCAUGAACAUCACGGACAUUGACGACAAGAUCAUUGUUCGAGCGGCUGAGACUGGAUGGUCAGCAGCCAAUGCCAGCGAGGAGCUGCCGACGGACAAGGAUGCGCGAGCCAAGCUCGUGAUGGCGUGGGCCGCCCAACAGCCUGCCGAGGACAACAUGCGUCGCACCCGUGACCUGUCCAAGUUUUGGGAAAAAUCGUUCCUCGACGAUAUGGCAGCACUGAACAUCAAAACACCUACGGUCAUCACUCGCGUAAGUGAGUACGUGCCCGAGGUGGUGGAGUUUGUAGAGGGUAUUGUCAACAAUGGCUUUGCCUACGAAAGCAAUGGCUCAGUGUACUUUGACACAGUGGCUUUUGGAAAUUCAAAGGGCAAGGCGUACGGUAAGCUGCUGCCUGAGAAUGUUGGGCAGUCGGAGCUGCUGGCGGAAGGUGAAGGUACGCUGUCUGCCGGCCAGACAGACAAGCGAAACGUGAGCGACUUUGUGUUGUGGAAAAAGUCGAAAAGCGGUGAGCCGUUUUGGUCGUCGCCGUGGGGUGAGGGACGUCCGGGGUGGCAUAUCGAGUGUUCGGCGAUGGCGAGUGAUGCACUGAAGCACCUUGCGGGCGGCAAGAUCGAUGUCCACUCUGGCGGCAUUGACCUGCGUUUCCCGCAUCACGACAAUGAAAUUGCGCAGUCCGAAGCGUACUUUGACUUCUCGCAGUGGGUCAACUAUUUUGUACACACAGGCCACCUGAACAUUGAGGGGCUCAAGAUGUCGAAGAGCCUGAAGAACUUUGUGAAGAUCCAGGAAGCUUUGUUGGACAACUCGCCGCGCCAGCUGCGCUUCCUGUUCUUGCUCCAUAAGUAUAACGUGCCCAUGGACUACAACGAUAACUCGAUGGAAGAAGCUGUGGGCGUUGACCGAUUCUUCACGGAGUUUUUCGCCAACGUGAAAGCGCGUCUUCGUGAGUUAGGCGUGGAAAAGACGCAGAAGUGGACGUCAGUUGAGAAAGCGCUGCAUGGCGCGCUUCUUGAAUGCAAGGAAAAAGUGUUCAGCGCAUUGAGCGACGACAUCAACACGCCAUUAGCACUUCUGCAUCUGCAGCAGUUGGCCAAGGAGGUCAAUCGCUACAUGGCAGGGGACAUCGAGAAGCAGGUUUCCAUGUUGAUUCGUGCCAGUGCGGAGUACAUCACGCGCAUUCUGUCGGUGUUUGGGCUCACUACGUCAGCCACGGACAUUGGGCUCCCGCUCAGUUCGGGUGCCACUGGUGACGCUGAUCAAGAGACUUUGCUCACGCCUGUGCUAGACACUUUUGCCCAGUUCCGUGACGAGAUCCGUGAGGCCGCACGCUCUGCAGCUGCUGAAGGUGACAGUACGAACCUGGCUAGCGUGGUACUGCGCUUGUGCGACGUGGUGCGCGAUGAGAAACUUCCGUAUGCUGGUGUGCGUCUGGAAGAUCGCUCUGGUAGCGCUGCCGUGUGGAAGUUGGCUAACAAGGACGAGCUGCUGGAGGAGAUUGAAAAGAAGAAGCAGGAGAAGGUCAGGAAGGAGGAACUGAAGCGUCAGCGAUUAGAGGAAGAGGCCCGCAAGAAGGCAGAGCUUGCUGAGAAGGCCAAAAUUGCGCCAAGCGAUAUGUUUGUGGGAAUGAAAGACAAGUACUCCAAGUUCGACGACAACGGUCUGCCGACGCACGAUGUCGCUGGCGAGCCGUUGAGCAAGGGUCAAACAAAGAAGUUGGCCAAGGAACAAGCAAAGCAAAAGGCGCUGUACGAGAAGCACAAGGCAAAUUAG